AUGCCUUCAAGAAAAUUAAUCACGAAGAAUAAAAACUUACCGGACGAAGUUUUAUCACCAGAGACGUUGGAAAUCGUUAUUGAUGAUGAAUUUGAUAGUGAUUUAUUUGACGAAGAUUCCAAUAGUCAAUCAAAACAUCGAAAAUCUGGCACAACCGAGGACGAACAUAACAUCAAUCGACCAUGGAAACAAAUAACAAUUAAAAAUUCGAAAUCUCAUCGAUUGAUUGAAAAACGACGCCGAGAUCGAAUGAAUCGUAGCCUUGACAUUUUAUUGAAUUUAAUACCUCAUAGAAAGCCUAAAAAUCAAAGACGUAUUGAAAAAACAGAAAUUAUUGAAAUGGCCAUUAAAUAUAUUCGUUGUUUAUUAUCAUCAAAUUCAAAAUCAUAUGAACCAUUCGAAAUAGAAAAAAAGAUCAAUUCGAAAGUUGAUGUCUAUCGAGCUGGAUAUUAUAAUGGUAUUGGUGAUAUGUAUGAAUACAUAGAAAAACAGAGCAAUGAUGAAAAACUUCACUCUGAGAUAUUUCAAUAUAUUCAACAGAAAGAAGUUGAAUUAAGAGAUUUAGAAGCUAUAUCUGAUAAAAAGAACGGAUUAAAACCACCAAAAACAAACUGUGACAAAUCGAAUGACAAUCGAUUUUCUUUAUGUGAGAGAAGUAAAAUUCAAAAUGAUGAGAAUAAUUCAAUCAAACAAGCAAAAGUGCCAGCAUUUGUCUUACAUCCAUCUGGAACACAUUAUAUUCCGAUGCAUAUUGAUUCAUCGAUUGUUAUAAAUGCAUUUAAUAAUCAUGCUAAUCUAUCUCAAACUUGCUUCGUAAAUGAACAACCUCAAUGUCAUCCGGUAUCAAUACCUGUGAAUUUCAAUUCUAUAUCAAUUCUAUCAAAUCAGCACGAGCUCGAUAUUCAAAAUAUAAAUGUUAUCGGUGCUACACAUUCGACAAGUGUUAAACCUUGUUGA